AUGGCGGCAGUGGUAUCGAACUUGGACAAGCCUUCUUUGGAGGUUAAUACCAAUCCCGUGGUAGAGCCAGCCUCAAAAAUAUUUGAGGCAAGGCGUAAUCCUCAGCACCACGGUGCUCAGAGAACAAGGAGUCGUCGCGUCCUUCGAUCAAUCCAACGAUACGUCUGGGAUGAUCCAGACAAACCAAAAACGGAGAAGUGGUUUCUGUUUAAACUUGAUGUCUUCCUGCUCACCAUAUCCUGCCUGGGAUAUUUCAGCAAGAAUCUGGACCAGGCGAACAUCAACAAUGCUUAUGUCUCUGGAAUGAAAGAGGCCUUGCACAUGGACGGAAGCCAGCUGACGUAUGCCGGGAAUGUCUUUACAGCUGGGUAUGUUCUCGGCCAAUUACCUGCAGUGAUGUUGGCCACGCGUGUGCGUCCUUCCAUUCUCAUCCCAACAAUGGAGGUUCUGUGGUCUAUCUUCACAUUCUGCUCAGCAGCGAUCAAGACAACACCCCAGCUAUACGCCAUGCGAUUCCUGCUUGCUGUCUGUGAAGGCACAUAUUUUCCCACGGUCGUCUAUAUCAUCGGAUCAUGGUAUACCCGGAGCGAGCGUGGGAAGCGUAUGACCAUUUUCUAUGCCACAGCGAGCUUGGCCGGGAUGUUCAGCGGCUACUUGCAGGCUGGGGCGUACAGGGGGCUGAAUGGACAGCUAGGCCACGAAGGCUGGCAGUGGUUGUUCGUUAUCUGUGGGAUUAUCAGUUUGCCCAUCGGGCUCGCUGGGUAUUUUCUCUUCCCUGACUUUCCCGAGACGACCCGUGCCUUUUAUAUCACGAAGGAAGAGGCCGAAUGGGCAAGGAAAAGACUGUCGGCAGAUGGCAUGAAACCUCUCGGACCUUCAGCAUGGGAUCGGACCAAGAUCUUCCGCGUCAUGGUUCAAUGGCAGUUCUGGGUUCUCCCGGUUGGAUAUUUUCUGGUCCAAGGCAGCUUACCCAUAUAUCAGCCAGUCUUUGCCCUGUGGCUGAAAGCCACAAAUCAUGCCCUCCACCAAGUCAAUGUCUGGCCCACUGGUCAGUACGCUGUCGCCGUGGUGGUCCAAAUAUUGGCAGGAAUCAUUUCGGACUCUUCACUGCUCCGGGGUAAGCGCUGGCAGACCUUGAUCGCGAUGCAAGUGCCUACAAUCUUUGGUUGCAUCGUGCUUGCAGUAUGGAAUGUCCCUGUCGGGCUCAAAUACACGGCGUACUAUUUGACAUAUAGUUGCGCUGGGGUGCCCGGCAUUUAUUAUGCUUGGUAUUCGGAGCUCAUCCCACAUGACCAUGAGAUGGGAGGGUUUGUGAUCGCUUGGUCGAACAUGUUCAGCUACAUCCAGUCGAUAUGGUGGACAUUGACAGUCUGGAGAACCAUCCUCGCACCACGUUUCCAUGCAGCAUUCGUUGGCGCCACCUGCCUGGGCAUCGCGCUUUGUUUGCUCUCGAUUCUGCUUAGGAUUCUUCAAGAGCGCGAUCGUAAGAAGCGUGCUCUCAUCCAGGAAAAUAUUGGUGAUGAAGAGACACCCGCAACAGAGAGCGAGGAAGAGAGCAGAAAGUAG